AAUCAACUGACCUUCCGGAGGGACCUUGUCUCUGGCCGUGAUGGUGUUGGAAUCUUCAAUAUCAUCGACGACGAACAUCAUGUCUGCGACAGAGAGCGCAGCGUCGUCGUCUGCCUCAACCAACUCUGGACCCAUGUCGAAUGGGGCCAAUUACUUUUUUGGCUUUUUGAUAACGUUUGUGGCCAUUCUCUUCAUUUUCAUUGGCUGUGGGAUAGCUAUGCGAAGGCGAUAUCAGCGACGGAGGGGUACAGUCUUCAACCUGGACGAUCUGCAAGCAAUGCCAGGUUUAUUUGGCUCUCGACAGCAGCUCCUUGGCGAGAAACCAAUAAUGUGGGAGCCGUGGGUGGAGAAGCACGACGAUUACUCGUGGUCCACGAUACAGCCCUUGUCGGCUUCGCGGUCGAACAGACCUUGCCCAAAAUCGAUACCCCGCCCAGCUCCGAUACGAUUACCUUCGCGGAACCCCACUGCCAUACAUGGUCUCUCUCUACCGACAUGGGCUCCUGCAGAUAGUGAAAUCGAGAAAGAAGUUCCGUCGCCAGAGGAAUCCGUACCCUCAACUCUUCAGAUAUCCGUUCUCAUCUCCAUGCCUGGCCCACCGUCUCCGGACAAUCCCACAUUUAUUGAAUAUCAGAUCGGUGUCGCACGUCUACCGUGGGAGGAAUGGAUGGCAUCUUGAUGCUGUCGUACUGUUACAUUAGUUGUAUAAUAGUUGCGUACGUCCCAAUCCGUUACCUUCCUUCGCACGUCUGAGCGCUGUCAAAUAGAUUGUAUUUAUAGCACCCUCUGAUCGUCUCCUACGGAUUGUACUUUAGUUUCGGAAACAGACAAAGUUUAAUAUUUUUGUUUCGCCGGCAUCC